UAGGAGCGUGUGUGCAUGUGUGUAAGAGACACUUAUUCUCUUAACUACUAGGAGACAGACACACUUUCCUGGCCCGACUCAAAGAAGGGGGGAAAACAGGAGGAAGAUUUUUUUUUUUCUCAAUAUCAUUUUAAUCUUCCCCCCUCAUUCAACAAUCAAGCUGCCCUAAAGCUUCUCUUCCUGGAAACUCUUCUUCACUGCCUGCUGGAAGUUCUAUGUAUUGAUCCAUUCACCCUCUCACACAGGCUUACCUCAUGGAUUUGUAUCUGAUUGGAUAUUUGAUGUGUGUGUGGUUGUCCAGCUCACGGGUGCUUGGAGGCUAUCCCAUCUGGUGGUCCCUGGCCCUCGGGCAGCAGUACUCGUCUCUGGGCUCCCAACCCAUCCUGUGCGGCUCUAUCCCCGGCCUGGUGCCCAAGCAGCUGCGUUUCUGUCGCAACUACAUAGAGAUCAUGCCCAGCGUUGCAGAAGGCGUCAAACUGGGGAUCCAGGAGUGCCAGCACCAGUUUAGGGGUCGCCGGUGGAACUGUACCACCAUCAAGGACAACCUGGCCAUCUUCGGCCCUGUGCUAGACAAAGCAACCAGAGAGUCAGCGUUCGUCCACGCCAUCGCUUCAGCAGGCGUGGCGUUUGCGGUGACGCGCUCUUGCGCCGAGGGAACGUCCACCAUGUGCGGCUGCGACUCCCACCACAAAGGGCCUCCCGGGGAGGGCUGGAAGUGGGGCGGCUGCAGCGAGGACGCAGAGUUCGGGGUGCUGGUGUCCAGGGAGUUCGCCGACGCCAGAGAGAAUCGUCCGGAUGCUCGCUCAGCGAUGAACCGACACAACAACGAGGCAGGACGCACGACCAUCCUGGACCACAUGCACCUGCGCUGCAAAUGCCACGGCCUGUCAGGAAGCUGUGAGGUGAAGACCUGCUGGUGGGCGCAGCCCGACUUCCGCAUGCUGGGCGACUACCUGAAGGACAAGUACGACAGCGCCUCGGAGAUGGUGGUGGAGAAGCACCGCGAGUCCCGAGGCUGGGUGGAGACGCUGCGAGUCAAGUACAACUUCUUCAAACACCCCACCGAGCGCGACCUGGUCUACUACGAGGGUUCACCCAACUUCUGCGAGCCCAACCCAGAGACCGGCUCUUUCGGGACGCGUGACCGAGCCUGCAACGUGUCGUCGCACGGCAUCGAGGGCUGCGACCUGCUGUGCUGCGGCCGCGGCCACAACACCCGGACUGAGAAACGCAAAGAGAAGUGCCACUGCAUCUUCCACUGGUGCUGCUACGUCAGCUGUCAGGAGUGUGUGCGCGUCUACGACGUCCACACGUGCAAGUGAAAGACUUUCAGACUGCUGGACUACAAGUGCUGCCCACCCUUCGACUCCCCCACAUCCUGCACGACUUCCCCGCUUCCCCAAAAACACAAAAACAUAUUCAUCAGCACACACACUCAGGCCCUAAUGGCUAAUGGCACAUCAGCUAUGGAUACUUCUAUACCUUUAUUUGUAAAAACCACGCCCUAGAUCCGUCUUCCAAACCACUACACCAAUUUCCAGAGUAUCUGACCUCGACUCGAAGGUCUAGUCAUGGGAAGUUGUGCCACUCUCCCCGCAGCAUCCCUCCCCCCUUGUCUUUAUUUAUUUCCCCCCUCCAUGCCGACACCUUCGUGGCAUGUACAGUAACACUUUUUACCUGUGAGAUUAAUGCAGUAAAAAAAAACUUUCAGACUCUUUUUUUUUUUUUUUUUUUUUUUUGCUUUUGAACAAAAAGCAUCUUCUAACUAACACCUCACUUCUCCGGCCAGUCUGGCUGGGUUACCUUUUUGUUUUUGUUAAACUAAACCAACCUCUACACUGUCACUUACUGAACACAGCCCCAGGAAAAGCAUCACUUUGUAACUACUGAACUGAACUGAAAACAGCAGGCAGGUGUUGGGAAGUGUCCUGUCUUUUUUGUAAAACUACUGAGCUGAUGAAAUCCUCAGUGCUGACUGACUCUACCGCACCAGUCAACCGGGAAGCCUGGAAGAUAUAUGCUACAGUCUGAUUUUUAUAGCCCUGCAUUUCUGAAAUAUUACCAUUGGGCUGGGACUGGAGGUAUGCAGCAUGUGUGUGAACAAGCAUGCUCAUUCCACUAACUAACAACCCUACACAUGUAUAUGUAUGCACUAUUCAGUUACUCCAGGUGGUAAAAAUUUGCGCGUUGUUUACGCAAGCAAAUUCUCCUUCGGUUGCUUAUGAAUGAGGACUUUGUUCCAGCGUCCGGGCGACCUGUAUCAUGAUUUCCACACAUGAUGACAACAAAUUAUUAUGACUGAGAUCAUUUGUUUCAUUUCAUAAAUGUGCGCAUCAAACGUGAGUCAAGCUUCAGCAUGCUUAAUAUUAAUUCUGGUCUUAUGAGCAAAGUGAUUAUUGGGAGAUCUUUUUUAUCUAUCACGCAUUCAUCAGGUCCGUCUUUUGUCAAAUCUUUCUUUUAUCACUGUAAAAAAAAAAAAAGAAAAAAAAGAAAAAGGGGGACAUGUGACGACAUGUGGAGACCUGAGCAGGUUCGGAUUCACACCCUCCCUUCCUUCUCGCCUGAUUUUCCCUCAGUUAAGGUUUUUAAGAAGCGUGAUUUAUGAACUUGUACGCUUGUCAGUACACCCCAAAAAACACUCCUGACUCGCGGAUUUUGGUUUUGGAGCCGUUGGAAGAAUAAUUUACUCUUUUUUUUUUCUUUCCCCUAGAGGCAUGGAUGUUUCCCCAGUUGACUCUGACUCUGUACUUUUUUAACAAAAGGAAAUUAUUUGCAGAUCACUCGAGGUAAACAGCUGUGAUUUUUGGGUGGACUGAAAAGACUUCCAGUUCAUAGAUUCUGAGAACAUUAAUGGGAAACGUCUGUAUUUUUCAACCUGUAAUCUAUUUUCGCGUGUUUGAGUCAAAAGUGCCUUUUACACUGCCUGUUCAAGGUGGGAUUUCAUGCUGUUUUGGCUCCAUGAUGUUCUUGUAAAAAUCUUAUAAAUGUUUCUUAUAAAAGGUGUGAUCGCAGAAUGGGGGGACAGAGUUGUCUCGCCUUUUAGCCGGCAGUGGUGGUAGUACCGGCGCUCAAAACGACGUUGGUGCAGCCAGCAGGUUGGAACUACGGCGGUGUGACUUAUGAUGUGUCAUGUGUGCGAUUCAUUGCUGCGAGAUUUAAAAAGCAGCUGAUAACAAUAAUCAACUAACUCAAAAACAAAGAACAGCAGUCGAAAAUAUCUACACAUUUUUGGAAAACAGUGAGAUUCAGGAGCUCCUUACUCUCCUAGGAGAGAGGGAGAUCAGUCGCCAUUUAACAGGGACGGUAAAUAAUUAUUUUUAUCAUUAAUAAAGCACUGCCGCUUUUAUUAUGUAUCACACUAGAGGCAGACGCUGUUGUGUCACAUGUCACGCCUCUUGUGAUUCUGUGAUGCCGGCAUGCUGUCUAAAAUCACACACUGGAGCAGCAUGAUGCCACCAUAGUUUUGGUCACUUUGACAUAAAAACAUGAAAAAAAACAGAGUCCAGGUUGAAAAAUACAGAAGUUAGUCUUUAAGCAGAGGAAGGUUGGGGAAUGAUUUAAGUGUGCACAGUGUGGAUGUGUGACAGCUGCCAGUGACAGACUGAAGUGUCUGGAAAAACGUAUGGAUGGAUGGAGCGAAGGCUGGCUUUUUUAACAACGGUGGAACAAACUGCAAGAGGUUUCCACACAACAUGUUCUGACAGUCCCACCUGCUUCCUAUUAAUUAUAUUCAACAACAAAAAAUACCCAGUAGUGUAUAGGCUGUCCUCUCUUUGUGACAUAGCUUAGCAUUUGUGUCAUCUUCUACGCAGCCCGUCCUACCUGGGCCGACCUUUCUGUGUUCAGUUCAACCCCCCCCCCCCCUCCCCCACCUCUCCCGCUAUAUCCAAAGUUUUGUACAAAUGUUUUAAAGUGAAUAAUUCCCUUUUUAUUUUAUAAUCGUAAAUGUUAUGUUUUUAUAAACAUUAUUUAUUAUACAAUGUAUAUAUCUGUAUGACUGAACUAAGAUUAUAUAUUUGAAGAACAAAACUGUCUCGUGUUUUUCCUUUAUAGCCAGAGGUACGCACACAUAUUGAUGACCUCACAAACUAAACGGAUAACGUUGGUAACAUUGAUGGCAUUAUUAGAUAUCUGAUCUCUACAUACAUUCAUCACUUCUAAGCUUAUAUCACACGCUAUAGAUGGACCAUUAAUUAAGAGCUUUCAUUUAAAAAUGAGGCACCUAAAGAGCGUUUUUCUUGUUAUCAACUAAUCCCCUGAAAAUACACAAUAACAACAACUACAUAUCUUCCUCCUCUGUGCCACAGAGCUUUUUGUGCUACAAUGAUUAAAAACACGUCAGUGAUCCACACAGCUGCACUGGGUGACACACACUGUAGUUAACUCAAUCAAACGUACAUGUCCUGCUGCCCGAAAUACUCACUAAAGCAUCAAAUUUGUAUUAUUAUGUCAGACCAGAGGCCAUAAAUAAAAAUAAGACUGUGCACGUUCUCCGUUAAUAAUUACCAGUUUAUGUGCGGGAAAAGCCGUCCGCAUUACACAUUGUAAGACUGCAAUUUUUACACGUCUCGAUGCAUUUUUGUCUAGUUAAACAAAUACUUGUUUUAUAGAUAAGUCAAAAAGUUAUUUUGCAAAAUUCAAACCAUUUCCAGGCUAGCAAUACAGAUUUUCUCAUUUCUUAACUUUUUCAGAA